AUGAAGCGUCGUUUGUGUAUAGGAAUCGCAUUGGUGGGAGGUUCUCGAUUUGUGAUUCUCGACGAGCCAACAGCCGGUGUCGAUGUGACCAGCAGAAGAGAGAUUUGGUCGUUGCUGCAAAACAACAAGAAGGGGCGAACAAUCCUGCUGUCUACUCAUCACAUGGACGAAGCGGACAUCCUCUCCGAUCGAAUUGCUCUUCUUUCUGAAGGCCGUCUUAUUACGCUUGGAAGUUCGAUGUUUCUCAAGAACAGAUAUGGAGAUGCAUUCCAGGUUUUUGCCUGUAAAAAGGAUCACUCACGCGAUUACACAGCGGUGGUCACCCGAAUCAUCACUGAAGCAAUAAUUCCCAUCAAGUUAAGCGAUGAGACCGAAAAUGAACUGGUGUUU